AUGAAUCAUGAAAAUGACGAUUUAAAAAAAUUCAAAGGUAGACCUCUAUUCGAAAACGUGCACCGAGUGAAGCAGACGAGUCUCCUCUCCCACAAAGCUCUAGACAUUGACAUGAAGGGGUUCCUGAACCUAGCGGUCAUAUUAAUAUGCACAGUGAAUUUCAGACUUAUCCUGGAGCGUAUAAAGAAGCACGGGUUCGUUGUAAAUUUACCACACAGUAGUGACGUCCUCAAAAAUUUGCCUCUUCUAGUUUGUUUUGUGUGUCUAAGUGUAGGUCUUUUUUUUAGUUGGUUCAUAGAAAGACACGUGACAUGUUGGUUGUUGUGUCAGCCAUGUGGUAGUGAUGAGGGUGUAGGAGGGAGGAAGGGCUCAUCUUCUGGUCGCUUCCUGCGUGAGGAUAAAAACAGCAAGAUGAAGAAGCUAACGAAUUAUGAAUUCAUAGAUCAGAUAGGUUACUCUCGUGCGAGUGACGAGGCGACAAACGAUGGGAGUGUGCAGAGCGGCGGGAAAAGCCCUUCGGUGGUGAGACGUAGAGGUGCAAAAAAGGGGCAACAGGAGGAUGGAGCGGAGGAAGAAGUGGAGGACGAAGCGGAGGAAGAAGACGCGCCAGGUGGAGAUGCAGGAGGAGAUGCAGGAGGAUACUCAUUUGGUUCGUUUGGCAACGUGUACAGUCCGAGCGAAAAGUCAAACGGGUGGAAGAACUUCCAUUUGUCCAUUUUUUUACUAAGGUGCAUAAACAGCGUGUUCAUCCUGCUGUUUCCAUACUUAACGGUGACUCACUACGACGCAGAACCCAUUUUAUCAUCGAUCCUGCUGACCAUAUCGAUAGUCUGGUUUUUUAAAAUUUAUUCAUUUCACCAAGUGUGUUACGACACGAGGAAAUUAUAUAUCGAUAAGGUAAACCUGGACAGGAUAAAGGACCCCACAUUUGAAGUCAGAUAUGUGAAGAAUUACCCUCACUGUUUGAGAUUAAAGGAUUAUUUCACAUACAUGCUCAUGCCAACAUUAUGUUUCCAAUACACAUAUCCAAGGACAGAAAAAAGGAGAUGGUCUCACGUGGCGAAGUAUUCCAUUGAGGCAAUUUUAUUAACAGUAAUGAUAAAAAUUAUUUUAGAGCAGUAUAUAUUUAUUAGCAUAAAAAAUACAUUCACAAUGAAAGAAUUUCAGUCAGCACAGCUGACUGUUAAGGUAACUCACAUAAUAGAACGAAUGCUAAAAAUUUCUAUAGGAACUCUGUACAUUUGGCUGAUUGGUUUUUUAAUUGUAUUUCAUCAUUGGUGUAAUAUUUUAGCUGAAAUUACUCGAUUUGAUGAUAGGUUGUUUUACAAAGACUGGUGGAAUGCUAGCUCUUUUGCAGAUUAUUGGAGAAAAUGGAACCUGCCGAUUCAUUACUUUGUCCACAGGCAUAUUAACAAACCUCUCAUUUAUUAUGGGUUUAACAGAAAAUUUUCUAUGAUUAUUGUUUUUUUUAUUUCUGCUUUGCUGCACGAGUAUUUAAUUAGCAUUCCUUUGAA